CAAGAUGUUAGCAUCCGGUUUCCGGCCCAGACUUCAGUGUGGCACAAACUUGAUGUCAUCUGGAGGCUCCUGAGAUCAUUUGGUGUCCUUAAGACAAUCUACUUUAGUGCCUCAUCUGUUUGAACUUCCCGUCUGCAAGUGAAAUCUCUCGGAUAAUGGCGAGCUAGUCUCAUGUGGAGGGCCUACAUCCUCCUUAUGAUCCCUGCGAGGACGCCCCUUAUGCAUCUGUCCGCCAUGUAUGGCACAUUCUCGUCUGGUCAGGAACGUUGGGUAAAGGUCUUCAGGGCGGUCCGCAAUAGUGUAGUUCGGAGGAGUCCUGGACCGGACGCCAAGAACUGCAAUCUUCACCAGAAUCACAGAAGUUACGGCACUUCUUUGUAUGCGCCUGUAUUUAAGGCCGCCUUCUCGCGCGAGCUGAAUCGUCAUCAAGUUGCUGUUACUCCAGAACUACGAUUCAGUGCUCAGGACGGCUCAGCCUAGGAGAUAUUUCCUGCGGAUCCCGAGUCAAUACAAUGCCUCCAAGAAAGAAGAGGAUGGGACAAGACAACGUUUGCAGAGAUGUCAUCGACGGCCAUGGUCUUCCGGCCGCUGCCGGGGCCCGUUCAGAGGACAAGCCUUCCGUGUGCGUUUUGUGCCACAAGCAGCUCUCUUCUGACACGAGUCUGCGAAGACAUUACCAAACCCAUACAGGGGAUAAACCUUUCGAGUGUGCAAUUUGCACCAGAAAGUUCACCGAGGCAGGUACUCUCAGGAGACAUCUCCGGACCCAUACAGGGGAUAAACCUUUUGAGUGUACCAUUUGCACCAAAAAGUUCGCUCAGGAAGGUACUCUCAGGAUACAUCUUCGAACCCAUACAGGGGAUAAACCUUAUGAGUGUGCAAUUUGCACCAAAAAGUUCAUCAAGGCAUCUGAUCUCAGGAUACACCUCCGAACCCAUACAGGGGAUAAACCUUUUGAGUGUACAAUUUGCACCAAAAAGUUCACUCAGGCAGGUACUCUCAGGACACAUCUCCGAACCCAUACAGGGGAUAAACCUUAUGAGUGUGCAAUUUGCACCACAAAGUUCAUCAAGGUAUCUGAUCUCAGGACACAUCUCCGAACCCAUACAGGGGAUAAACCUUACCAGUGUACAAUUUGCACCAAAAAGUUCAUCGAGGCAUCUGAUCUCAGGAGACACCUCCGAACCCAUACAGGGGAUAAACCUUUCCAGUGUACAAUUUGCACCAAAAAGUUCGCCCAGUCAGGUAAUCUCAGGAUACACCUCCGAACCCAUACAGGGGAUAAACCUUUUGAGUGUACAAUUUGCACCAAAAAGUUCACCCAGUCAGGUAAUCUCAGGAUACACCUCCGAACCCAUACGGGGGAUUAACCCUUUUACGUAUACAGUUAUUUGCACUGAAAUGUUCACCGCGGUAGGUGGGCUGAGGACCCAUCUCCGAACCAAUACAUAGGCGAAGCCUUUUCACUGUACGGUUUACACAAAAAUGAAGUCCCUUGGAGGGGAACCUAAGAGACAUUUCCGAACUUGCAAGGGGAGACCCUGUAAUUAAUGGGUAGAAGUAUAGUUCAUUUGCAUUGGUGAAAAUACAUGUUGCGAAAUAUUGUUUAGGUAUAGAGUGCAGGUGCAAAUAAAUGUUGCGAAAUAUUUUUUGGAAUGGAGUGCAGGUGCAAAUAAAUGUUGUGAAAUAUUGUAUCGGAAUGGAGUGCAGGUGCAAAUAAAUGUUGUGAAAUGUUGUAUAGGAAUAGAGUGCUCUCCAACCUAAAA